AAGUCUCUGCUGAGACUUCUCAAAUACCUGGUCCACUGCCAGUUGCCAGUUUAGUCUCCACUCGGCUGUCGAAUUCCCAGCAACUCCGUUAAUCCUCUACUCUACUCAAAAGUUUCAAAGUCUAAUUCCCAGUCAGUGUGAUUUUGACGAAAGAGAAGAAUUCAGUCUCUAUAUUAGUUUCUUAUCGAUCGAAUUCAGAUUGUUCUCGUUUGGGUUAUUUUGCUGUCCCGUCUUGUGGGGGAAAACAAACGACGAAUUGAUUCGAUUUUUCCUUUGACUGGAAGAAGACCAUCGAGGAAGAAAACCACCAACCAGCCAGGAGCAGCAGAAGCAGCAAAGUGUGUCGUACCAAAAAGUGAAUAUACCAUGGACCGACCAGAUUGUGAAAACGGGAAUAGAGCUCGUGUUUGCUAUCCGUUCCGGUCAAAAAGUACUCGCAGGAGUUGAUCGAUUGUUUCAUUUCCAGCUCGUCUAUUAUACACUCACCGCAGAGACUUUUAUUUUCUCAAUUCUAUUGUUCCAACAUUUCUGGGAACUUGAAUCAAACAAAUACAAAAUCCAAAUCGCUUCGCUCUCUGGAUCUCGAACCUCCAAAAACUGGACAUUCGGGAAUUAAACGGUGCUGACCUGAAGCGCGGCCAACAGCACCGUCAAGACAGAAAUGGACGUGGAAGGAUCGGUGAUCUCGGCCGCGGCCGGCAUCGUCAUUCACGUUCUCCUCGCCCUCCUCUUUCUAUUCGCCACCGUCGCCAACGUUCUGGUCAUCGUCAUCUUCUACCGGCGUCCGGCACUCCGCACCUUAUCAAACAGGUUCGUCAUGUCGUUGCUGUCGUUCAACCUGGUGGCGACGACCGUCUUGCUGCCGCUCAUCCUCAUGGACAGCCUCAUCGACGUCCAUCUCUCCUACACACACUCGACGGUGGAUUACGCCGUUUGCGUGGCCGGCCAGGCCGUCACGACGCUAGUGACGACGGGUUCCAUCAGCGCCGCUCUGGUCAUCGCCGUUGACCAGUACUGCGCCGUCAUGGCCCCACUCCACUACCACCGACGGGUGACCAAAACCAAAGCCUGUCUACUCCUGGCCGGCCAGUGGAUCCUGGCCGUGGCCAUGUCGGCUUUCAGUCUGCCGGACUCGGCCGGCAAACACUUUUGGAAGGGCUGCUCCAACCGGGGCGACCAGCUCUUCGCCCUGGCCAGUCUGUCGGCCACCAGCGACGACGACCAGCUCAACUUGACCAGCACAGUGGCACCGCCACCGUCGUCCAACGAAACCCUCUCGCCCGUCUGGUUCCAGAGCUACUCGGAAGAGGUUUGGACGAUGCUGUUCGUGUCCAGCUCGGUGUUGUGCUACGUGGUGCCGCUGGCCCUGCUCACCUGGAUGUACUUGAGGAUCUACAGCGCGGCCCACCGCAACAGCCAGCGGACGCGACGGACCAGUUUGACGCACAGCGCCAGCGAGCUGGUCGUCCACUGCCUGGGCCACGGCUCGUCCAAUUCGCUGGCCCAGGUCUCGCAGAUGAUGCCGUCCUCUUCGUGCCAGCUGACCGGAUGCUCCGACAACUUGCCGUUGCCGUCGCGCACUCCGUCGCUGCGCUCCACGUCCAGCCAGAUCGUCCACAAUUUGCGCUACCGCAUCUCCAACGCCUCGCUCUUCCUCUACCGCGAAGAGUCCAGGGCGGCCAGGGUCUCCGUUUUCGUCCUGGUCCUGGUCGUCUGCUGCUGGAUGCCCUACCACGUUCUGCUGGCCCUGCACGGCUGGGCCGGUUGGAGCCACCGUUUGCCGUCCUACGCCUACCACUUGACGCUCGUCAGCGUUUUGAUCAAUUCGCUGGCCUCACCCUUUCUCUACGCCUAUCGAUCCAGGCGCAUCCAGCGCGAAGUCCGGCGGCUCUUCGGGUUACCGCCCAAGUCCCGCAAGGGAUCCCACCGCCACCGGGAGCUCUCGGCCAGCCACAAGCGCCGGGCCAAGUCGCUGCGCUCGCUCAGUCCGCGCCGUCAGCUGCUGCGCAAGCAGGUCCGCGGAACGGACGCCCUUUCGCCGGAAGAAGUCCAGGCGGCUCUGUCGACGUGCAAUUCGCGGUUCUCUUCGACGGCCGAGGAGCCGGCCACGGCCCCGUCUUCUUCGUCGACGGGCGCCGACCAGCCGCAACACCCAGCCCGUCCCGAGUUGGUGCGCCACUUCCUGGUCAAAAUGAGCCGCUUGUGGCAGAAGCCAUCGGCGACCAGUCAGCUGUCCAGUGUUCACGCGUCCGGCGGCAGCGCCGGCUGCCCGUCCGUGACUGCCGGAGUCACGUCCGAGUUGAUGGCCGUCACGGUUGACAUCUCGCGCUCCUCUUUCUCCAGCGCCACCAGUUCCAACAGCACCAGCAGCGCCGAAAGCGACGUCAGUCUGUAAAUAACCAAAUUGAAUUCAAUCAAGACAAUUAUUACGACGCUUAGAAUAUUAAUAACUCUCAUCAUCAUCAUCCACCGACAAUAAUAAUAUUCAAAUCAAACUCGAUUCAUUUCAUUCAAUUUGUGACUGUCCAGCAGUUUUAAAAAAUGAUAAAAAUUGAGGGACAGCAGUGAGCGUGAUGGACGUGUCAAGGUUGCAGCUCUCGCCAGUCCGAUGAUCAAGUCUUUCAAUUUGCAUAUUACGAGGAGCGCAAUCAUUAUCGUUCAUUUUUGUAAUAUUCGAACACCUUUGACAGGAUGACGCGCGCGGUUAUUUCGUUGUGUGUUUUACAUUUGACCCCACCCCUGUACACAUGUUUGAGUGUACAUUUCGAACGCUUUGUAUAUCCAAUAUUGUUUGAAACCAAAAGACAAUAAGUAUUACUAUAUAUACACACGUCGUCGUGACAAGAUGGAAAUUUUUGAAAAAAACCCGCCCUGCCCGAUUCCCUUGACUUCAUUACCUUUUCGAUGUUUUUCGCUCAUGUUUGUUCGCGUGUUGCUGAUGUACAUAAAAUAAUUUGUCUGAUCAUUUUGUAGAUAUUGAAACAACACACCGAUCGCGCCCGCUUUUUUUUUCUCCCCGCUAAUCAUUUAGUAAUACUCUCGCAAACCAAAUAGACACAUGAUGGAGGCUGCCGAAAAAUUAAACAAAUAAAAUU